AUGCAGCGGCGGUGGUCGGGCGCGGAGGGCCUGCUGGGCUCCGUCGGAAGGGAAUCAACCGCUACUCGAUGGAAAGGGCCGAUUGCUGCUCGCCGGAGGAAUGCACCGUGUAAGAGGCAUUCAGACGAUCCUGGAUGUGGUACUGACCGUGCGAAGCAUAUGAAAGUCGGUCCACUCAAAGUGAGUCAACCUGAUAGUGAUGAUUUCGUCGACGAUAUGCCUAGACACAGUCUUGAGAAAAUUACGAAGGCUAAGCGUGUAUGUUUGCGUCCACUUAUCGAUGUUGGUGGUGUUGACGUUGUACGUGGAUCCCCGAGGCCAAAAAGGCACAUCCAGGCUACCAGUGCAAUGAAAUCUCCCUAG